AUGUGCGCGAAGAUGAGCGUCCUGCAAGGUCGUCACAUAGGAAUUAUGACCCUUACGAGCAGCCCGUGUGAGCUAGACAACAUGAGCUUGUUUCAAGACCUCAAGUUGAAAAGGAGAAAGGUCGACUCCCGAUGUAGUAGUGACGACUCCCCGGUAUCCCUCGGAUCAGCAGGCUCGCCGCUCGGGAUCCAGCCGGCGGACGCUCCUUCACCCAUAAACUUUCCUGCUCCAGGGGAGAGCAUGGCCGACACCUCGACCCUGUCGCCGGAGGCUACCAUGCCGGGCUCGCCGGGCUGCCCCGUGGUCAAAGUCAAAAGCGAGUAUCUGCUAGGCAUCCCGAGCCCAGGGAGAGACCCUCUGCGAGGAAGUGGCGCGGCGAGUGGCUUGGAGGCACGGGACACAGGUUGCUCGGACCGUGCGUCGCCCGACUCGGUCUUCUCGGACGCCACUUCGAUGGUGGGCUUCAGAGUCGUCGAAGAGCAGCAGCAACAGCAUCACCAACAGCAGCAGCAGCAGCAGCAACAACAGCAACAGCACCACCAACAGCAGCAGCAACAGCAGCACCACCAACAGCAGCAACAACAACAACAGCAUCAGCAGCAACGUUCCGGUACACCGGCACCAACCAGAUCGUCGCCUUAUUCGCCGCUCCAGACGGUAUCCACGACUCCGAUGCCCCAGGAUGCGACCUCCAGGAGCGACAGCCCCGACAAGGGCGACCUGUCCUCCGCCCAGACCAAGGAGGAGUCCGACAACUCGGUUUUCGACGGCGGAGGCGGCGGCAGCAGCGGCGGCGGCGGUCGUUCCGAGACCUCCAGUCAACCCAGUCACCGGAGCAGCCCGUCAUCUCAAUACAAUUCCAACCAGAACAUGAGUCCCAGCGGGAGCACCACGCACAGCGUCCAACAACAGCCGCAGACACCGCCUACGCCACCCAGGCCCAGGGCGCCAUCGGUGCCCCCUCACCUUCUCGCCCAUCAUCAGUUUUGGUCGCAGAACGCCGGCGUCCAAGGCUUCGCCACCCAGAAGCUGAUCAACGGGGUCAUCAGCAGCGCCGUGAACUACGGUCAGAACGUCUCUGUCGUGUCCACCAGCAGCAGCACGAGCCUCAGCAGCAGUCCGGGCAGCGGCGGUAACGGGGCCACCUCCGCGAGCAGCGGGCCCACUACGACGGUGUCAUCGUACGAAACGAUGAAACCCCCGGCGCAGAGGCCGGCGCCAGCACCCCCAAGACCACCACCUACGGUGAUCAUGGGCGAAAUCGGCGGCGUGAGGACGAUGAUAUGGUCCGCGCCGCCUUUGGACCCCGUGCCACCGCCGGCGGCGUCGUGGACGACCACCGCUGCGGCAGCGUCCUGUUCCUCGUCGGAAGAGUCGGCUGCCCAGCUGCUCCUGAACCUCGGACAGGAGUCCAGAGGCAAACCGUCGUCGGUUUCCUACCUGUCCGGCCCACCACUGAACAUGGAGAAGCUGUGGGCCGGCGACCUGACGCAACUGCCGGCCGCGCAGCAGAUGCAGGCGCUCAACCUGACCGCUUCCGGUUCCAGUCAAACGUGGGUGAGGAACGGAGGGGUCAAGUCGGAGUCGACGUCGCAGUCGAUGUCGGUCGCGCCACCAGCCCCGCCUAUGCCGCCUCAGGAGCACGAGGAGGACGAGACGCCCAUGAUUUGUAUGAUCUGCGAGGACAAGGCCACCGGUUUGCACUACGGUAUCAUCACGUGCGAGGGGUGUAAAGGGUUCUUCAAGAGAACUGUACAAAACAGGCGGGUGUACUCGUGCGUGGCGGAAGGCGGCUGCGAAAUCACGAAAGCCCAGAGGAACAGGUGUCAGUACUGUCGUUUCAAAAAGUGCAUUGAACAGGGUAUGGUCCUUCAGGCGGUUCGAGAAGAUCGAAUGCCUGGCGGGAGAAAUUCUGGUGCUGUGUAUAACCUUUACAAGGUGAAAUACAAAAAGCACAAGAAGAGUAACAAAACCAGCGGAGUGGGUGGGAAUAUGGGUGGCAUGGGUGGCGGCGGUAACGUUGGCGGUGUGAACGGGUCGGGAUCCCUGGGUGGAAGCAAAGGCACCAUGGGCUCGACGAUGCUGGACAAGCACAUGGCCGCGGCUGCGGCAGCUCACCACAGCCAACAGCAACACGCUCAGCUGGCUGGUGGUUUCCUUCAUCAUCACAAAAUUUCGUCGGGCGACCCGCUCAACUCACAACCUACCCCCAGUCAUCCGAGUCACCCCGCGCAUUCGGGUCACCUAGUUAAUGGGACGAUCCUGAAGACGGCGCUCACCAACCCCUCCGAAGUGGUACACUUAAGGCAGAGGCUAGACAACGCAGUGAGCAGUUCGAGGGAUCGAGCAUUCCCUUUGGACGCUACCCUCGCCAUGAUCCAAACCCUUAUAGACUGCGACGAGUUCCAAGAUAUCGCCACGUUGAGGAACUUGGACGAGCUGCUGGACCAUAAAUCAGACUUAAGUGAGAAGCUGUGUCAGAUAGGAGACAGCAUAGUGUACAAGUUGGUGCAGUGGACCAAAAGGUUACCGUUUUACCUUGAGUUACCGGUCGAAGUUCACACGAGGUUGCUCACCCACAAGUGGCACGAACUCCUGGUGCUGACCACGUCCGCCUAUCAAGCGAUGCAUGGUCAGCACAAGUUCACCAAUGUCGGUACCGACGGGACGGGAGCGGAUUUUAUGCAAGAAGUUUCGAACAACAUGUAUACGUUGCAAACGUGCCUAACCAGCAUGAUGGGCCGGCCGAUAACCAUGGACCAAUUGCGGCAGGACGUGGGGCUCAUGGUGGAAAAGAUCACGUACGUCACACUAAUGUUCAGGAAGGUGAGGCUACGGAUGGAAGAAUAUGUCUGUCUGAAAGUAAUCACCAUGCUCUCACAAGCACGUGGAGGUACAAUGGAAUUAGAACAAAUACAAGAACGGUACAUGAGCUGUCUGCGAAGUUUCGUCGAGCACAGCGCGCCCCAACAGCCGAGUCGGUUUCACGAUCUGCUCGUCAGGUUGCCGGAAGUACAAUCAGCGGCAGCUCUUCUACUCGAGAGUAAAAUGUUCUACGUUCCUUUCCUAUUGAACUCAGCAAUUCAAAGAUAGUAAAUAAAAAAAACCAACUGACGAUAAAC